AUGGCCAACUCAACAGAUGCAUCAAAAUCAUCUGACCCCGACGCAGUUCCUCUAUACUUCUACGGAGCAGACAACGAGAACGGUUAUCUGUCGCAGAUGCACAAGAGCAGCUUCGAGGAAGACGGGGUGGUGUACACUUCAUGCGAGCACUACUUUCAAGCCGCCAAGGCAAAGAAGUUCUGUGAUGAUGAGUCACUGCGCGCCAUUCUCCACACCAAGAACCCAAAGACGGCCAAGAGACUGGGCAGGAAAGUGAAAAACUUCGAUGCGGAGACAUGGAACGAGAUGUCGCGCGAGGUUGUGUUCGAAGCCAACAUCCUCAAGUUCACCCGCUCCAACGAAGCUCGUACUCUCCGCCUGCGUCUGGUAGCAACAAAGGGUCGCCCGUUGUGUGAAGCCUCGCCUAAGGACAAGAUAUGGGGAAUCGGGUGUACGCAGGCCAAGGCAGAGAAGAACGGCGAGUUCCCAGGCAAGAACUAUUUGGGUAAGGCUUUGGAAAAGGUUCGCGCCACACUUCUCGAAGGGGCCGCUGGCGACAAGACAGGUGAUGGCAUGGAGCAGGACGAGGGGCGUGACGAUGCAGAGGCUCUUGACACUGUCUAG